UCAUGCUGCUGCCAGUUCCAGAGUGGUGUCAUGGGUUCCCAGUACGGCCUCCCAUUGCUGCUGCCAGGCCCCCGUAAUCUGCCAUGGGCCCCUGUACCGACUCCUCAUGCUGCUGCCAGGCCCAGUGUGUCAUGGGUCCCUGUACGGGGCCUCCCAUUGCUGCUGUCUCUAUCGCCACACUCUGCCAUGUGCCACUUUCAGGUCUCCUCACACUGCUGGUGGUUUCCAUUUUUGUCAUAGGGUGCUGUAUGGCCCUCCCAUUGCUGCGCCUCCACCGCCACACUGUGGCUCCA